CGUUACCUUUCAUGAGAAGGUUUUUAUCUGUAACUCAAAAGUAUCGUCUUCGAGUGUGAAAGUGUGACACGGCCGGUUUUAAUCGGCGAUCUUUCAGGUCUUAGGAUGGUGGCAGACGUGUAUUUCUAGCCGGCGGAAUGCUCCGAGGGUCUUUCGGGUUCCUGCCGCCGGUGCGACCCGGCACCGGGACCAGGGCUCUGCUGAUAAGGGGCAAAGACUCCAGGAUUAUCGGGAGAGUUGGUAGAAAGGAGUAUCACCAUUGGUCAACAGGGCGUGAGAGGCUGCUGCUCCGAGACAUCCAUGGCCUCCAAGGUCGGCGCGGCUUCGCCAUGUUCGUGGCACGAGCAAUCAAGGGCGUGCUCAAACUGCGCUACCUUGUCCUCGGAGGUGCGGUCGGAGGAGGCGUCAGCCUCCAUAAUAGGUACAAGGAGUGGGUAGAUUCACUUCCGGACAUGUCGUGGGCGGCAAAGUACAUGCCUUCGAAGGAGAGCAUGGACAUGGUCCACAACAGCAUGACGAGCCUAUCGGAAAAGGUGAAAAAUGUUGAAUUGGAUCCAAGACUGGUUAAAGUAGGGGAGGAAAAUUGGAGUAGAAUACAGGAUUGGUUAAACCGUAAAUUAGAGGAGGCAUACGCCGCAGCGGAUGAGCGAGAACGGGCAAUUCUCUGUUCAGGAGCGAGGUUAAAAAGUGAAAGCGCCAUUAAGGAAACGGUUCACAAAAUUUAUGAAGAGGCUGACAAGAAGGUGAAGGUGAACGCUAUUACAUUCAGCGCAUCGUCUGAUAAGCGAGAAGAGCCGAGAGAGCCGGUUAAAGAAAAAAUAAGAAGGUUCCUAUCGCGAGAUUAUCAUAGAAAAAACCCAUAUGAAAUUGUCCAACAAGACAGCCCGGAGAAAAGGGUCGAGAGGCUAAAGCAGGAGUUGAUUGAGGUACAGUUGAAGUACCAGAAGGAAAUAGAAAAACUCGAAAAGGACAACAAGGAGCUUAAGAAGCAGAUACUGCUCAAUAAGUCAUCCAAGGUGUCCAGGAAACAGAUCAAGAAAUCGCUCAUUGACAUGUACUCCGAGGUACUCGACGAGCUUUCGGAUUACGACGCCAACUACUCAGCUCAGGACCACCUGCCGCGUGUCGUUGUAGUCGGCGAUCAGAGCUCGGGCAAGACGUCUGUCCUCGAGAUGAUUGCCAAAGCCCGUAUCUUUCCCAGGGGCGCUGGAGAGAUGAUGACACGUGCGCCAGUCAAGGUGACGCUUAGCGAAGGGCCUUACCACAUUGCUCAGUUCAAGGAUAGCGACAGGGAGUUUGACCUGACGAAGGAAGAUGACCUGGCCAAGCUGAGGACCGAGGUUGAACUCAGGAUGAAAAGAAGCCUUUCAAAAGGUAAAUCCGUGAGCCAAGAAGUGAUCGCAAUGACAGUCAAAGGGCCUGGCAUACAAAGGAUGGUUCUCGUCGAUCUCCCUGGCAUUAUAUCCACUGUGACAAAAGAUAUGGCAAAAGAUACGAGGGAGUCUAUAAGGGAAAUGAUCAAGAACCACAUGUCGAACCCAAACUCGAUCGUACUCUGUAUACAGGACGGUAGCGUUGACGCUGAACGGUCCAACAUCACAGACCUUGUCGCUCAGAUCGACCCAGCUGGGAAGAGAACGAUAUUCGUACUCACGAAGGUUGACAUGGCCGAGGAGAACCUCGCGAAUCCCCUUCGAAUCCAGAAAAUACUCUCGGGCAGGCUCUUCCCGAUGAAAGCGCUUGGUUACUUUGCUGUCGUGACGGGCCGAGGACGGCAGGAUGACUCCAUCGCCCAGAUACAGGAGUACGAGGAACAGUUUUUCCGCAAUUCAAAACUUUUCAGGUCGAGCUCACUUUCGUCACACCAGCUCACGACAAGGAAUCUCAGUUUCGCCGUAUCGGAAUGCUUCUGGAAGAUGGUUCGGGAGACAGUCGAACAGCAAGCGGAUCUGUUCAAGGCCGAGCGGUUCAACCUGGAGACCGAGUGGAAAAAUACUUUCCCAAGCUUGAGAGAGUUAGACAGGGACGAGUUGUUUGACAAGGCGAGGGGCGACAUACUCGACGAGGUCGUCAACCUGAGUCAGGUCUCGGCGAAGGAAUGGGACAUACUGCUCGCCGAGAAAAUGUGGGACAAGGUCGCGGCAUAUGUUGUUGACAACAUCUACCUGCCAGCCGCCCAGGCGCAGAAUCCAAAGGCGUUCAAUACGGUUGUGGAUAUUCGCUUAAAGGAAUGGGCAGAGCGUAAAUUGGCUGAGCUUUCGAUUGAAGCUGGCCAGGACGCUCUUAGGCACGAGUUUGUCCAGCUGAUGGAAUCGUCUAUGAAGAGCAAAUCAUCUGAUCAUCUGUUUGACGCACUUAAACGCGCUGCGCUCGAAGAAGCACUCAAACGCCACAAAUGGGAAGACAAGGGUAAUGAGAUGUUGAGGAUGAUCCAGUUGAACACGUUAGAAGACCGUUGUGUCAAUGACAAGCAACAAUGGGACUCUGCGAUCCUCCUCCUCGAGAAGUGUCUCAAAGAUAAGCUCGCCGAGAAUGAAUCGGUGCAGAAAGAGACAUUCGGACCCGGUACCACUGAAAGGUGGCUCCACUGGAAGAGCACCACAGAAGCCCAGAGGAAGCGCAGCUCAGCCAAGAACGAAAUUGAAAAGAUCCUCUACUCGGAUCCCGAUCAUGGGCCAGAUAUGACUGAGGACGAAUUGACGACCAUAAAGAAGAACCUAGAACGCCUCGGUGUUAGGGAUCCAACGAAGGAGAUGAUACUGGAAGCGUGGCCAUCCAUAUACCUGCGCCACUUCCUCCAUAAGAUGAUGAGGAAGGUGUACAGCUGCCGCAAGGGAUUCUACCUUUACCAUCAUAACAAGGAGGAGCUCGAAUGUCAGGACGUCGUACUGUUCUGGAGGAUGGAGCAGAUGCUCAAAGUGACCGCGAACGCUCUGCGACAGCAGGUCAUGAACCGCGAAGCGCGCCGUUUGGACAAGAUAAUAAAAGAAGUUCUUGAGGACUUCAGUGAGGACAGGGAUUUGAAAGUGAAGCUAUUGACCGGUCGGAGGGUCACUCUUGCCGAGGAGCUCAAACGAGUACGCCAGAUCCAAGAGAAGCUUGAAGAAUUCAUUCAAGCACUGAACAAAGAAAAGUAGUGAUUUUUUAUGUUGUUAUUUUUUCCCCCUUCACUUUUUAUUAUUUUUAUGUACUUAUAAUUUUUUGAUUUAUCGUUUUAGAUGUAAAAUGUUUUCCCCCUUUCCGAACUCCCCUGAUUUAUUUUGUAAAUAUUGUACCUUUAUUAAGUGAAAAACAAAAAAAAUUAAGGUAAUAUUUUAUAUUUGUUAUUUUUAGUUCUUAAAUGGGGUGUCUUGAUGCACUUUGCCAUUAAAAUAUAAAUUAACAAAUAAAAUAAAACCAGCAAAAUCAAAUUCAAUUGAAUAAAAUCACAAUUUGAUCAUAACUAAUUAAUUAUAAUGUAGUGUAUAAUUGUUUGCAAAAA